CUUGCUUCCUUGUUCCCCAUCCAUUCUCUUUUUAUCUCGUCUUCCCGUCCGAGGUGUCAUGCCUUUCCCGAGCCGGGGUUGUCGUACGUGUAAACAACGUCGAGUUAAGUGCGAUGAAGCACGCCCAAUUUGCAAUAGAUGCCAGAGAGCCAAGAUUGUCUGCCACACUGUUAAAGAUGAGGGUAGCUUUGUGUUUCUGGAUGAAAAUGUAUAUGCAGCCGGCAGGAAGAAACGCCCAAGGGGACCGAACGUGAACUUCGGCACGACUACUUCGCAAGGAGUAUUGUCACCUCAAAUGUCAACGCAGUUUUCACAGAAUUGCUCUGUACCUCGGACUUUAUCUAUUCCUGUGGGAGAGCAAGCUUUGACUUAUUACUUUCACCAUUACGUUGAUGCUCCCCAAAGUCUGUCUGGGAUUAUGGACGGCCAUGUUAAAGGUGCCAUGAUCGAUGGCUGCUAUUCUCAGCCUGGAUCCAUUCUAAGUCUCGCCAUUUUUGCCAUUUCCCAUGCUACAUUCGGCCGAGCGAGAAAGAGCCAUGCUUCACUGGCUGUCGCAUCCACAAAGUACUCGAAGGCUUUGACGAAAACCAACCUGGCAUUAAGAAAUGACAGUAAAGCAAUGAAUGACAAAGUACUUCUUGCUAUGAUGCUUUUAAGUUACUACGAAAAUUCAGUGACUGGAAAAAUAUCAACCUCUCCUAGCCAAAGCAUCCAAACUGUGGCUUCACAAAGCUUUUAUCAUCUGGAAGGUGCCAUGGCUAUUCUCAAACUGCGAAGACAACAGCAGCAACGCACAGAGCAUAGCGCAGAGCUUGACAAACUAGUCCGACGGCAGUUGUUGCGGUCGAUACUUUUGCGAAGUAUUCCCGUACCACCUUGGCUGCGCGAUGGCUCACAAUAUGGAGAACAAGGCUUUGUGCUUGAGUUUGACGUCUGCAUGGUGCGAGCUGCCGAGCUAAGACAUCAAGCAAGCACGAUUCAGGCAGAAUCGGCAGCUGAGUCGUUUCCCGAGAGGUUCACUCGGAAGGUGAAACUUCGCAGUCUUUUAUCAGAAGCUCAGGCGCUCGACGAAGAUUUGGUUUCCUGGUCGAGUGAGCUGUCUCCGGAGGACCGCUAUAUCACCCACAUCAUUCAAACCGACAGGACUCAUGAGGUCAACAAGACAUUCGAUAACACUGUACAUGUAUAUGCUACGGUAUGGCAUGCUGGGAUGUGGAAUCGGUAUCGUGCUGUUCGUCUUGCAGUGAACGACGUUAUCUUCAAAACUCUGUUGGAGCUGAAAGACCCCGAUCUAAAUUAUGCCGAAGAAGCAGCCAAGUCGAGAACGAACAAACUGGCCGAUGACCUUUGUGCAAGUAUAUCAUAUAUGCUGGGUGAGGUUGUGCUAAGGCAUGAUAUCACCAUCGUCAGCAAGACUCCUACUUCACUCAGCUUCUCCGUCAAAGCAAGCACGGCGUCCUUCCUUUGCUGGCCGUUAGCUAUGGUGGCCAUGAUGCCCGGAUUAUCAUGCUCACAUCAAUUCUAUCUAAGAAGUCGUUUACUCGAUGUUAGCGAGAUUGUCGACGAUGGGUUAUUGAAAACAGUUGCGGAGGGCUUUCCGAAUAAAGUUUCUCAUGGAAUUGCGAAACUAGAACUAGGUGACUGUUACACAGAUAAGGGUUAG